GGGAGCAAGCGCGGGCGGCCUCACAGCCUCUCGGCUGAGCCGUAAAACCUUUGGUCAGGCCCGCAAAGCCUUUGACCGGGCCCGUGGGAGCGUCGGCUGAACCGGCCUCCGCCUUGCUCUGACGCGGCGUCGCGGCGGAGUCCCCGUUCUUUUGGUGGGAGAGGGGUUCUCCGUCCCACCCCGGCCGGAGUGAGACAGGAUAAGAAGGCUUUCGACCCGGGAAACGGGCUCUUGUUUACAGUUGCCGUACCCGGAAACGAGCUGCAGUUGAUGGGAGAGUCAGCAAGAUAAUAAGUCCUCUGAAGUUUUAUAUGUUCAAAUACAGAAAAGAUGUGGAGUGGGCUGCUACCUCCUGGCCUAAAUGAAAGUGAUGUUGAAUUGAAUUCUGACGAUGAUACCACAUUAGAGAGCUCUGAACUUAACUUACAAGAGGGUGAAGAAGAUGGGACCUUUAAAAAGACAGAGAUCGUAGAUAUUCCUACAGAUGGACCAAACACUGAAGCAGAAGCAAAUAUAAAUGCAUAUGAAGAGUGUCCCUCUGGAAUUCCCUUAAAUAUGUGGAAUAAAUUUCAAGAACUGCAUAAAAAGCAUUCUGAACAGAAAACUUCAGCUUCUAGAUCCAAAAAGAAAAAAAGAAAACGCUCCAGAAAAGGUAAAUUGAAGAAUGAAGAAGAAUCUCAUAGUGAACAGUCUUCAAGUGAAACCCAGUGGAAGGAGCUUACCCAGUAUUUUGGAGUCAAUGAGAGAUUUGACCCCCCUGUUAAAAGGAAAAAAGUUGAAAAGUCGGGACUUGAAAAGAGGAUAGACCAAGCUGUGGAAGAGUGGAACAUUGAGAAGGCCGAGGAACUCAGCAACCAGCUAGCCACUCGCGAGCUUGGUGUAAAAAUUGCCAAAGCUAUUGCCUGCCACAACUUUGUGAAAGCCAAAAAGGAGGCUGAAAAUUCACAGGUUGCACGAAAAAAGAAGAAACUUGCCUGGGGAUUUGAAGCAAAGAAGAGGUGGGAAACCAAAAGCAACAUGGGAUAUAUGUGACUUGCCAGAGUUCUUCAAGACCUUUGAGGCUUCACUCGAGUCUUCAGUUGCUCAAUUUACUACAAAAGAUUUUCCUGCUUAUGUUAACUAUGUCAGAAAAUUGAUGGAAAUAGAAAAAAAUCAGCAUAAAAUCUGGGAGUUGAUUAUCAAAUCGUUUUUCAGUCUUUUU